AUGAACGGUGCGGUAGUGUUGCCGCCCAUUACUAAGACAUUCACUUUUGACGGAUUGAAGGCUUCCCGAGACCGGCCAGAGAUGGCUCCCGACUCUGCGUCACUUCAGUCAUCGGUGGUCUACGAAGACCAACAACCGAUGCAUACGAACGGCGAUGGAGUGUCUCUUCCGCGCGCAGCCGUUGUCAACGGCCAGCAGUUGUCUGAAGUGAGUCCCACAUCGGGAUCGGUGUCUAACGAAGAGAUGGACAAGAGUUCGAGUGUGAGUGGGAAUGGAGUGAAGUCGAAGCCUCUGGUGGUGACACCGGAACAGGUGAUGAAACUGUACGCCUAUAAGUUGACGCCAUAUGAACACCACGAGGUGUUCGGUUACUCUCAGAUCUACUUCAUUGGUGCGAACGCUAAGAAGCGUCAGGGAGUGAUCGGUGGCCCCAAUAACUGUGGCUAUGAUGACGAACACGGCUCGUACCUACACGUCCCGCACGACCACAUCGUCUACCGCUACGAAAUGCUGAAGAUUAUAGGAAAGGGAAGCUUUGGACAAGUGAUCAAAGCUUAUGACCACAAGAGUCAACAAUACGUGGCCUUAAAGAUGGUUCGCAAUGAGAAGCGGUUCCACAGACAGGCACAGGAAGAGAUCCGAAUUCUGGAUCACAUGAGAAAACAAGACAAAGACAAUGCUAUGAAUAUCAUCCAUAUGUUUGAGAACUUCACAUUCCGUAACCACAUGUGUAUCACUUUCGAGCUCUUGAGUGUCAAUCUCUAUGAACUGAUUAAGAAGAAUAAGUUCCAGGGAUUCAGCAUUCAAUUGGUCCGCAGAUUCGCCUAUUCUAUACUCAGAUGUCUGGAAGCGCUUUAUAAUAACAAAAUAAUUCAUUGCGAUCUCAAGCCUGAAAACGUAUUACUCAAACAACAGGGAAGGUCUGGCAUCAAAGUGAUUGAUUUCGGAUCGAGUUGUUUUGAACACCAACGCGUCUACACUUACAUCCAGUCGCGCUUCUAUAGGGCGCCCGAAGUGAUUCUCGGCGCCAAAUACGGGAUGCCUAUCGAUAUGUGGAGUUUGGGCUGCAUUCUGGCCGAGUUGGCCACCGGUUACCCACUAUUGCCCGGUGAGGACGAGUUCGAUCAGUUGGCCUGCAUUAUAGAACUGUUAGGAAUGCCUCCGCAAAAACUCUUGGAUCAGUCCAAGAGAGUGAAGAACUUCAUCAGUUCUAAGGGUUAUCCGCGUUAUUGUACGUCCACUCCAUUAUCGGAUGGGAGUGUAGUGAUGAACGGCGGCCGUUCACGUCGUGGCAAAAUGCGAGGCCCGCCCGCCAGCAAGGAAUGGGCCAAUGCUCUCAAGGGUUGUGAUGACGAGUACUUCAUCGACUUCAUCAAGAAGUGUCUGGAAUGGGAUCCGUCGACACGAAUGACUCCAUACACAGCUUUGCGACACUCGUGGCUGACUCGUCGCCGACUGCCUCGACCGCCACAAAACAGUGAUAACUCGACUGUGAGUGAGUCCUCUCCCGUUCGACUCCAUCAUAACUAUCAUUCAAAUAACAACAACUCUUUGGUGACCACAAAUCGUGUGCGGAAGUCAAUGGUCGACGACGUGUUGCUGGGAGAGAGUGAUGGCACAUACCUGACCAGAAUCUGGGACCCAAACAAUCCCGACAACAAAUACGACUCAAGCAGUUCAACACUCGGACGCAAAGCCGACAGAAAUGUGCGCAAAGACAACAGAAUUGUUAAUACAAUCAACAAUAAGUUACAUAAAGAAAAGGUGCGAACGGAGGACACGGUGUCUGCAGUGACCGCACAGAACGGCCGCAACUGGACUAAUGAAGGAUAUGUUUCGGUCAUUAGGUUUAAAUGA